AUGCUUUGGCAGGGUGUUCUCUUGUGCGCAACUUUUGUAUUUAUUGAAACAUUUGAAACUCAUGGCUUUGCUCCUUUUAUUGAUACUAUGAGCAUUUUGGGGAAAAGUUUGCCCGUCACUGUUUUUGGAUGUAACAAAAAAGAGCUUAUGGUAAUUUCAAAGCAACUUAUGUCCAAUGGAUACAGCAAUAAAUGCGUACAUAAUUCCAGAAAUUUUUUUGAACUAGAUUUUCCAAAAAAGGGAUGGUUUGUUCUAGAUUUGGAUUGUCAUGCCUCAUCCAAAAUUUUGAAAAAGGCAAAUAAGAAAAACAUGUUUGUAUCUCCAUUUCAUUGGAUAGUGACUUACAAGUCAAAUCAAAUACUAGAAGAAAUAUUUGAAAAUCUAGCAAUAAUGGUGGACAGUGAUUUCAAUCUAGCUGAAAAGCAGUCUAAUGGAGACGUUAUUUUCACAAAAAUCUUCAAAAAGCAUGCCGACGAACCAAAAUUUGAAAUUGAAGAUUAUGGCAUAUGGAACAAAACCAAAGGAUUUAUAAAAACUCAAAAAAUAUCCAAAAAAAGAAAAAAUCUUGAAGUUACUCUGAAAACAGAUAUUGUUUUAACUAAUAAUAAUUCCUACAAACAUCUCACUGACAGAAGAGACAAGCAUAUCGACAGUAUAGGAAAAGUAAAUUAUGUCUUGUUGCUAUUACUAGCCUCCAUAUACAAUAUUUCAUUAGACAUUUCAGUAAGCGAUUCAUGGGGCUAUAAAGUAAAUGAUUCGGAAUGGACUGGUAUGAUGGGAAAACUUGUAAGGAAAGAGGCUGAUAUUGGAGGUACGUCUCUCUUCAUCACAAAAGAACGAGUGGAUUUAAUCGACUACAUUGCAAUGAUCUCACCAACAAGAUCAUAUUUUGUUUUUCGACAACCAAAGCUCUCGUAUGUCACUAACGUGUACACUUUGCCAUUCGAUACUCAAGUUUGGAUUUCGGUUAUCGCUUUGGUAAUUCUGAUGAUGGCUUCACUUUUUUUGAUCAUGAAAUGGGAGAUCACGAAAAUUUAUUUUCGAAGUUCUCAGGAAACUGAAAUCGAAGAGUUUCGGCCUGAUGUGACUUUUAUUACUAUCGGGGCGGUUUGUCAGCAAGGAGCUUCAGCUUUACCACACAGUACUCCAGGACGAAUAGCUACAUUAUUUUUAUUUUUAUCCCUGAUGUUCUUGUAUGUGUCCUACUCAGCUAAUAUAGUGGCUUUACUCCAAACCUCCUCAACAAGUAUUAAAACACUUAAAGAUCUAUUAAAUUCGAGAAUUCCUGUCGGAGUGGACGAUACAGUAUAUAAUCAUUUCUACUUUAAGACUGCAGAUGAGCCGAUCAGAAAAGCUUUAUAUGAGAAAAAAGUGGUACCGCCUGGAAAAAAACCAAAUUUUAUGCAUAUUGAGGAAGGUGUGAGGAGAAUGAGGCAGGGGCUGUUUGCUUUUCAUAUGGAGGCUGGUUCAGGAUACAAAAUUGUCGGUGAAACUUUUCGUGAAGAUGAAAAAUGCGGUUUAAAAGAAAUUUCUUUCAUACAAGUGGUUGACCCCUGGUUUGCCAUACAAAAAAAUUCUUCUUACAAGGAACUGCUGAAGAUUGGAUUUCGUCUCCUACAAGAGAGUGGACUGCAGCAAAGGGAAAAUUACUUAAUAUAUACCAGAAAACCGCAAUGCACUUCGAAAAGUUCCACAUUUUUUAGCGUUGGAAUUAUAGAUUGUUAUCCAGCGGCUGUAGUACUAGUUGGAGGUGUAUCAGCAUCGGUUUCAGUUUUUUUAUUGGAAUUUUAUGCUUAUUUUAGAUGCAAGAAACGUAUUUAUACUAAGUAAAUGCAAAUAAUAUCCAUAUAAACGACAUGUUAAUUAUUAGUUAGAAGAAAUAAUAUAGAACCUAAUCUGCAUGAAAGAGUUUUUUUAUGUACGCAACGAUUUUUUGAUUCACUUUUAUUAAAAUAGGUACAAAAUCUUUUACAAAAUACAAUAAAUAACAUAAAUUUGGUUUGAGUAAAAUCUACAUAUUAAUAUUAGAAAACAAUAAUUCACACCAACAAAAAAACAUAUUUUGUUAAUUAAAAUUAUAGGCUUACCAUAAAAAAUGAAACAACGUUUUUAAAUAAUAAAUUAAAAAUAGCAAUUUGUUAAAAAUUUUAAAAAAAUCAAAUACUUAAAUGUAUUCCGAAGUAAAAAAAAACAAAUUACCAAAAUAAUAAUACUGUAUAAAAAUUGUUCAAUCCUAGAUUCAAACUCUAGAAGCACAUCGCCAUGAGGGUAACUGGGCCAACACAAUUCGUUUUAGUAUUUGUAAUCCUUUUUUCAUUCCGAUCCUCUGGCACAACUUCCAAGGUGGAUGGUCCAUAAAUGUCAUUUUUUCCAUUUUCCUCCAAUAUUAUUUCAAAAUUAACCAAUCCUUUGUCGUUAUCUUUGACUUCCUGUGGAAAUUCUAAAGGCAAUCCAACUUGGUAAAAAUUUCUUCCAUCGGCUGUUGUAGGAAAACCAGAACACAGUUGGAGAGCACACACAACAAGAAAACACAUUUUCAAAAAGCCCGCCAUAUUUUUUUUAUGAAUAAAUGCUGUAUAAAAUGUUAGCAUGGACUGACUUCUGAUUGAACUGAAAUUCUUAUUUAUAUUCCAAAUUGAGUUUUUAAGUAAAAUACUACAGACGUUGAGUGGGGAACU